AUGGACGGACCACAAGAGCUGGCGGCGUUCAUCGUGGCACACAGCACAUACAUGUUCGUGUGCCACGAUGCUGCGGUCGACUUCCACCUGGUCAAGCGAUUCCUGGAGCGCAACGGAUUCUUGGAUACACUUAUCAGGUUGGGCCUGGACGACAUCUGGCCGUCGCCACGGGACUUCAACGUAUUGCUGCAGGACUAUCUCCCGCAGGACGUGGUAGAUGAGGAGAUCCUCCGCCCCUCACGGCCACGAGGCCUGCGAUACUAUUCGCCUGUAAAUAGCGGAGCGCAAGAGGUCGACGUGGAGGAACAGAUCGACCUCAUGUACAUAGACGCUGUGAGGGACGUGAAGCUGCUGGCGCUCGCCUAUCCCGAGAUGUACAACCUGGCCACAAGGAUCAUGACGCCACACCGCGCUGAGAUUCUUAGCAACACCAUGAAGGUGCAAUCGCCAUCCCUCUGCUUGACGACUGGGGCUGAUUACGGACCCCUAAGCGAGGGCAUACAGGUAAAGGCCAGCAUCGUCCUGGCCGACGUGACUAGGAACGGGUACGAGCUGUCCGUCGAAAAAGGGUGUGGCCAAACCGCUAAAGUGCUGCAACACUUUGGCGAAUAUCUUUAG